GAUUACGGACCCUGAUGAUAUCCCUCGGGUGCUCCAAGCCGGAACCUUGAGCAAAAAUGAAAAGCAAAAGGACGCGUCCAAGGGACGGGAGACCUUGUUCCAAAUGUGGGCAAAGAGUGGCGGUGUGAAGGCAGUUUUCAUGGAGUCCGUGAUGGUCGUUGCCAAGAAGAAGCGCUCCAAGAUGAUUACAGUCAAAGGUGGCUUCUACAGCAAGGACGACAUGAAGCAUGAGCUCGGCUACAGCCAGUCCAGGAUUGAGAAGAUCGUCAAGUGGGCAGAGAGCAAAGGUGGGACGGAAGUCGACACACAGAGAUCGAUGCAUUGCGAGUAUGACAACGAAACCUUGGAGUACUGGGCGAACACCAGAACGGAGGCAGUUUGGUCGAAGGAACAGUCAGACGAGUUGAUUCACACUCGCUCUUACGAAGGGCCUUCAGCCGAAGAUGAUCUCACCAUGGCGCCGCUGGUUGCCGUCUUGCUGUCAGAGAACAUGUCCCAAGUGCUCAAAGCAAAGAAUUCCAUCUCCGGCUUUCUGCAGAAGAUGAGAACGGCCGCAGCUGGUGAUGCUGCUUGCAAUCAGCCCAUGGCCAAGAUCGAGGCAAUUGUGAAGGAGUUUGAGUCUCUCUAUGAGGACAUGGCGGAUUUGAAGGCUGAAGGCCAAACGAGUGGCUUCAAUGAGAAGCUUCUGGUCCUGGUCUCAUCGUUUAAGUAUUGCAAGGGCAAUUUGUCUAUGGCACUAGAGUCUCUUUCCAUAAUAUUCAUGCGCUUUGCCUCGUAA